CAUUGGAAACCCUAUGGCUUAGAAGGCCCUUUCUUCUAUGACCUUCCCGCUUCCCCGCUGGUCGUCUCAGGUAACCGCUCCGAUCAAGCAGUCCAGAACGCCUGCGAUGGUGUCGCCGCACGGGAUUCAACUGGCCGUUCAUUUGGUCUCCUCCUUCUACGGAGACUUGUGCUCGAAAGUAUGCGAGUGUUUACUUCGCCGAGGAAGCCUAACCCUAGCUAAUAUAAUUCGAUUCACGGAGCUUUCCAGGGAGAAUGUCAUGAAUUGCUUGCGCGUUUUAAUCCACCAAAAUUGUGUGCAAGCUUUUGCCAUUCAACAAGAGGGAGCUUUCCAAGAGGCACCAAAGAUCAUCACCAACUAUAUGGCACUAUUUGACAACAUCAUACACAAAAUGAGGGCUCCAAAAUUUAUGCAAAUUGUGUCAGAAGGACCUACUAAAAAUUGUCUACAAAUAUUCGAGGGAUUAAUUCAGCAUGGGAGGCUUUCAAUUAAUCAAAUUAUUGAUAGGAGUCGGCAGAUAGAAGGUAGUUCUGAUCCUCACGCUGUGAGAGAAUGCUUCAAUCAACUUCUGUUUGCCCGUUUUGUUGAACGCUGUCCUGCCCCUGAGCCAUAUCUUGCACCACCAUCUGAAGAGGAAGCUGCGGUGAUAAAGAAACGUAGUAAGUUUGCAAAGGUUUCUCAACCGACCACAGAACAGCGUGUUUUGGAAGAAGCUGCUCCAAUGGAAUCAAUGCGAUUCUUAAUGGAAAUGGAUGAUCACACGGAGAACACAGGCAAGGAUAGUGCUAGCAGUGUGUCAGUGGGGAAGAAGCGCAAGUCAGAUGCUUUGAGGUUGGACGACGAUGUAUUAGGUGCAAACAGAGAGAAAGAAGUUCUUUGGCGGGUUAAUUUUGAAGAACUUGUAUGCUGCCUUAGACAUAAGGCUUGUAUUUCAUAUGUCAAAGCAAGGGUAGGCAAGGAAGCUGGCAUGGUAAUGAGCGCAAUAUUGGAAUUAAGUAGGCGCUCGAGAGAGACUCGACCGAAAGCUGAAAAAACAGCAUAUCAUUCCAUAAAUGAUAUAUAUGAUGAAGUUAUAAAAAUGGAAGAUGGUGUUGGAAUUGACAUCGGACGGGUCAGAGCUACACUGGAACAGAUUGGCUGCGAGCCCUCCCCAACUGAUAUAGAUGAAGUUUAUAGCAUUGAUUUACAGAGGAUCAUCGAAAUGGCUCAAAAUGAAGAAGUGGAGUCUCUCGUGUCGAGAAGAUAUGGGAAGGAGGCUUACAGAAUAUUCAGGUUACUUUCAAAGAAGGGCUGUGUUAUCGAGUCGGAUAAGAUUGCAGACACCGUAUUUGUCGAAAAGAAAGAUGCGGUCAGGAUUCUACACCGGCUUUGGAAAGAUGACUACUUGGACAUGGAGAAAAUAUCUACAGGUGGAGCUAGGCAAUCUCUAUUCAUUCUUUGGAAAACAAAUAAGCAGUCCCUCCAAAAACACGUGCUCGAUGAAAUGUACCACGCAGCUUUAAAUUUGAGACUCAGAAUCGCACACGAGCUAGAUCAAGGAAAAGAGGUUCUUCAGUUACCUCGAGACAGGCUUGUCGGCGAAAUGGGGAAGAAACACAAGUCGCUGGUGAAGGUUAGACUUAUUCUCGAAUCUUCUUUGAUCAAUCUAGAUGAUGCUAUCUUGCUUUUUCAUGAUUUCUAAGUGUAAGUAUUUAUUCAUAGUUUUGUCUAAUAUUAUUUGAUGCUGAUUACGGUAUUGUUUGAGUUUAUUUUAAAAUUACAAUGUCGAAUGAUACAUAUAUAUAUA